AUGCGCAGCACUGGCAUGGAACUGAUGCGCAGCACUGGCAUGGAACUGAUGCGCAGCACUGGCAUGGAACUGAUGCGCAGCACUGGCAUGGAACUGAUGCGCAGCACUGGCAUGGAACUGAUGCGCAGCACUGGACGCUACGUUAUUGGACGCAACGUUACUGGGCGCUACGUUACUGGGCGCUGCGUUACUGGGCGCUGCGUUACUGGACGCUGCGUUACUGGACGCUGCGUUACUGGGCGCUGCGUUACUGGACGCUGCGUUACUGGACGCUGCGUUACUGGACGCUGCGUUACUGGACGCUGCGUUACUGGACGCUGCGUUACUGGACGCUACGUUACUGGGCGCUGCGUUACUGGGCGCUGCGUUACUGGACGCUGCGUUACUGGACGCUGCGUUACUGGGCGCUGCGUUACUGGACGCUGCGUUACUGGACGCUGCGUUACUGGACGCUGCGUUACUGGGCGCUGCGUUACUGGGCGCUACGUUACUGGGCGCUGCGUUACUGGACGCUGCGUUACUGGGCGCUGCGUUACUGGACGCUGCGUUACUGGACGCUGCGUUACUGGACGCUGCGUUACCGGCCGCUGCGUUACUGGACGCUGCGUUACUGGGCGCUGCGUUACUGGACGCUGCGUUACUGGACGCUGCGUUACUGGACGCUGCGUUACUGGGCGCUGCGUUACUGGACGCUGCGUUACUGGACGCUGCGUUACUGGGCGCUGCGUUACUGGACGCUGCGUUACUGGACGCUGCGUUACUGGACGCUGCGUUACUGGACGCUGCGUUACUGGACGCUGCGUUACUGGACGCUGCGUUACUGGGCGCUGCGUUACUGGACGCUGCGUUACUGGACGCUGCGUUACUGGGCGCUGCGUUACUGGACGCUGCGUUACUGGACGCUGCGUUACUGGACGCUGCGUUACUGGACGCUGCGUUACUGAACGCUACGUUAUUGGACGCAACGUUACAGGACGCUGCGUUACUGGACGCUGCGUUACUGAACGCUACGUUAUUGGACGCAACGUUACAGGACGCUACGUUACUGGACGCAACGUUACAGGACGCUACGUUACUGGACGCAACGUUACAGGACGCUACGUUACUGGACGCUACGUUACUGGACGCAACGUUACAGGACGCUACGUUACUGGACGCUACGUUACUGGACGCUACGUUAUUUGA